AUGCAGACUACAGAUAUCGUUGAGCUGCUCUCAGACAGCAGCAGAGGAGCUGGAGGAAACUACACUGUCAGUUCUGCUGCUCUAAAUCACACAGGAGUUUAUGUGUGCAGAGCAGAGAGAGGAAUACCAGCCUAUAACACAAUCACCAGCAACAAACAGUUAAUAUGUGUCACUGCUGGUGUGAUUCUGGAGAGUGCUGUUCAUCCUGUGACUGAAGGAGAAACUCUGACUCUACGCUGUUUAGAUCAAAAUACAUCCUCACCAAAGCUCAGAGCUGAUUUCUAUAAAGAUGGGUCACUCAUCCAGAAUCAAACUACAGAGAUGAUCAUCUCUACUGUCUCAAAGUCAGACGAGGGUUUCUACUCCUGCAAACUCCCAGAGAGAGGAGAGUCACCCAAGAGCUGGAUCUCAGUCACAGUUUCUUCCAGAAGAUCAGGAUUUGAUGAUCUCAGUCCAGUUGGAGUUACUGCUGGACUCAUAUUUUUCAUCAUUGUCUUCUUUGUCUUUCUGUGGCGUUACAGAAACAACAAAGGUGGAAGAUCUGAGUCUCUCUCUCGUGUCAGUCAACAGCAGAACAGCAGUCAGACAUCAGAGCAGAACCAGAGUGAAGCGGGAAAUAUAACACUCAUGUCUGACAUUGUAAGUGGAACUACAGACGUCACCUAUGCUGAAAUCGAACUCAAACCUACAGAGAAACAGAAAGAAAACAAAGGUAAAACCAGUGAAAGUUCUGACACUGUUUACUCUAAACUGAACCUGGAAACCCAUCAAGAUGCUGGAUCUAGUGAUGUGACAUAUGCUCAGAUUAAAUAAAUGGCUGGAGGAGAAACAUUCAAACCCAGGACGCUGAUGAGUGUAGGCUGAGAAGGGCAGGAGAAUGACCAGGAUUUAAGUAUUUCACAUCAAUGAUUAUUUAACCCUAACCUAACCACUUGGGUGGUGCUGCAGUGUAACUAGCAUGUAAUUUACUCAUUAACUGGGAGAGAAAGUUUUGUGUGUGUGUGUGUGAAAAUUUUAGUUUCUCUUUUGUUCUUCUUGAUGUUUUUUUUUUUUUUUUGUAGUAGGGUUUUCAUGGUCAUGGGAACUUCAGGAAUUUUUUAAAUUGUGCUUUCCAAGUGUGGACAAAUUAAGGACAUUUUCUAAAAUUGUGUUAUAAAUACAGUCGUGCCCAAAAAUAUUGGUAAAUA